UUUUUGGCCCAUCACUUUGAGCAGAGAGAGAGUGGGCGUUCUUGCGAGGGCACACCAGGAUCGAAGCUUACCUGCCGGCUCUCUUCGGAGAACCUCCGCCGAUCGCUCCUGUUGGGCACGAGAAGACAAGACGCAAGAUCUUGAGCGGGAGAGGGGAAAGAGCCAAGCAGAGGGAACGGGGCAAGAGGAUCAGAUAAAGAGACAGUGAAUUUCUGACCCGAGAGUCACGGAGCGACUCUUCUCCAGCCGGAGAGCUCGCGGUUUCCCGAGAUGGCGAGCUGGUCCGGCAUCUGCUCGGUGGUCGCGCCGUGUGCGGCGCUAGGCUGCUUCUGGCUGUUGUUCACCCUAAGCCGGCGUCUGAUUCUCCUUGCCGAAGCUGUCUUGGACGGGGGGGUCGACCGCCUGUUCGACAAGGAGAGCAAGAGGCGGUGUGGGCGUGACCAUGAUCCAGGCGUUGACGGCACCAGCCCAAGGUCCGUAGGCGGCGCUCACCCGACGCGCCCGGGGAACCGUGCCAACUCCCAGGGCGCGGAUGGCGACCGCAGGUUCGAGAAGGUGCGACUGGCUUUCGACGGCCUCUUCGACGGCGGGGGCGCGGGAGUUGAGAACGAUGACGUGGACCGUUUCAUGGGAUUGCUUACCGCCGCCAUCGAUGAUGUCGUCGCCGCCGGCAUCGCUGCCUCGGAGGCAAAGAUGGGGCUCGCUUUCCAGAGCCAGAUCACCCAGGCCCUCGAGGAAAAGAUGGGGACGGCGCAGGCGAUGGAGCGGCACCGGGAGGCGUGGUGGAAGAGGAAGCUCGACGGUAUGGAGAGUAGGCUCGGGCGUGCGCUCGCCGCCGCCGUCGCUUCGCAGGAGGGCACCAUGGCCAUUCGCGAGGAGAAGUGCGCGGCAACCGUCGCCGCCGUCUGUGACGACGUCCUCCGCCUGAAGGAGCAAGCUACCGACAACACCGUUGCGGGGGAGGCAACCGACGGCGCUGCAGCCAAGGAGAAGGCGGCGGUAGCUGAGCUCACCCGCUCCAUCGCAGAGAAGCAGGAGAAGAUGAACGAGCGGGUGGCGAAGGUACAGCGAGAGAUGCAGGAGUGCUUCGCGGAGGGCAGGCCGGCGGCGGCGCCCUGCGGCGACGGGGCGGGUGCCGCGAUGGUGUCGCCGUCGUCCGUGGACCACACGGCCAAGCUCAACAACGUCAAGAGCGACAUCGAUUAUCUCGGAUCUCGCCUCCUUAUCGUCGAGAACGCGGCUUACGAGGCGGACGAGAUGCACGGGAUCUUUUACCGGGUCCACGAGAGCGUCGUGGAGUCCACCAGGGUGUGGGGAACGGAGCCGCUCGUGGCCCCCCUGUACACGGAUUGGCUGGAUAAGUUGGCGAGCGCACAGGCGAGCGCACAGGAACAGGGGGACAACCAACGCUCAGGGCCGCGCCAGAAGACCAGGAGGGGAAAACGCGGGAGCAAGUCGAAGAAGAGGGAGGGAGUGGGCGAGGGAGAAGGAGAGGGAGACGACAGUGCCGCCAACGGAUCGAACGACAUAUCUGGGGGAGGGAAGGGGGGGCAGGCCUUUUCCGCGGGCACCUAGCGCGGUAGUCGUUUGUACAUGUUCUCCUUUCGUUUUCAAGUGAUUUAGCGCUCGGCAGAUGUGUUGUGAGAUCUUCUCCACAACACCGCUUGGAAGUUGCACUCAUGCAAAAUAACAAGAUCGUGUACGACUGCUGUGUGCGUAGCGUGACGUCCGUUACCCGUAUCGGUUGUGCGUGUGCUGUGUGCAGAUAUUUUGUUUUCUGGGGCAGCCUCCCAAUCGAUGUAUUUGGUUUCCCUGUUCUUGUUCUCCCUUAGGUUCGGCACUUAGGAUCACGAAUUUGCAAUUCUCGAGAAGAAGAAGGGUUGUUGGGCAUUUGCAGCAGAUGAGUGUGCUGGACGGAAAAUAUUUGAGCACAUUCAGCUUCUUGUUGGCCUUCUUCCAGCAACUUUGGCACUCGAGGGUUGAACGCGGAGACGGAUCAUUCGGCUGUUGCUGGUUCUCCACAUGUUGCAUUUCAUUUCCGACGGGAAAACAGCAACGUCUUAGUGCAGCAGCAGCAGCAGCAGCAGCAGCGGUGAAGGCGCUGAAACAGUUUUCCGCUUUUUUCUUUUUCGUGUGUCAGCAUUCGACGGGUAUGAAACGGAGACCUGUACCUUUACCCUCUUGUUAUCGGUGCUCCAUCCCAUGGGAAAUCGAAACCAACUGUGCUGCCAGAUGUUUUGGGGGUUUGGCGACUAUUCCAGAUAGGUCUGUUUCCGUGCCACUGUACUUGUUUCGGGGUCGGGUAACAUUAGUAGUCUUUGUUCAUUCCACGAUUCUCGAGCUGACAAGCCUGCAGCGAGAGGGGAGACAUUGUUCCAGGUUUGAGUCUGGCAUUGAGUUCGCACUCAAGGCUUGUGGUGGAACGUGUCUGCGUCGGCGCUUACCAUGAUUUCUGUUUGAUGUUGCAUUUCGUGCGAAAACACAAGGGUCAAGUGUGUUGCUUUUGCUUGUGCGCAUUGGGUGUAGUCUAGAAGAGGUACUCAGCUGUUGCUCGGCCAGAGAUUCGCGGUGCUGUUGUGUUGGCCCUUGGUCUGCAGUGUAAGAAGGACCUGUAUCUGAGUUUGUCGCAACAAGCAUUCAAGGAAAACGUCCCG